UCACACUGCCGUCUUGUUUUGAUUUAAUGCGGCGGGAGGCUGGCCGAAGAAGAAAUUUUAUGAACAACAAAGAAAUCAGCAAACAGCCGCCAAUUAUAACAAUUACACUAUGGACCUGAGUACAGCUCUUUGGCGAUAAUCUUAUCACAAUGAGAUUGACACACAUACACAUGCAAAGACACACAAACAGCUGAUAAGCAGUGUCAAGUGGGGGGCCCCAAGCAAUAAACCAAACCAAAAGAAACCAGUCGAGGCGUGGCGUGGCGAGGCCUCAAAUCAACAUUUGCUGCAAUUUCAGUAUAUUUGCAAAACCGAGCGAAAGCGCACCGACUGCAAUGGGGGCCACAGAGUCUGAGUGCAACAAUGAUUUGCAACGCGAACGCAACGCGGCCUCGAUACGCAGCGAAGACUUUGCCGUUUGGUGGGCAGGUGGAGGAGAGGUGCUAGAGCAGCAGCGCUCCUUGGAGCGCUUUUUUCUUGAUGAUCCACAGUUUGAGGAUGCCGAGCAUCCUAGUUUCAUGUCCUACAAGGAACGCUAUGAACACGCUGUGGCCAAGGGCAGCAAGUUUGUGCUGAAGCUGCGUCAGUGGCGUCAACGCACUGGACAGACGACAGCUGCUGAGGAUGGGGAGAAGGAGCUGCCCAACAUGCAGGUGCUGCAUGAUCUCCGCAUGCUCAUGUCAGGUUCGUUGGGCACGGCGCUGUUCCAGCAAAGUUUCCCACUGCGUCUGCACUACUCCAUGUUCCUGAGCACUCUACUCAAUCAGGGCACAGCGGAGCAGCAGCAGGAGUGGCUGUCGCGUGCCUGGCGGCUGGAUGGUGUCAUUGGCACCUAUGCACAAACGGAACUCGGACAUGGCAGCUACAUACGCGGCCUGGAAACGCGCGCCGACUACGAUCCCAAGAGCCAGGAGUUUGUGCUCAACACACCCACAUUGAGCGCCUACAAGUGGUGGCCCGGCGGCUUAGGACACACGGCCAACAUGGUGGUGGUGCUGGCCCAGCUCUACAUACGGGGCAAACACCAUGGACUGCAGCCGUUCCUAGUGCGGAUUCGUGACGAGCAGACGCACGAACCGAUGCCCGGCAUCGAUGUGGGCGACAUUGGUGCCAAGCUGGGCGCCAAUGCGGUGAACAACGGCUUCCUAGGGUUCCGCAAUGUGCGCAUACCGCGCACUCAGAUGCUUAUGAAGAACGCCCAGGUGCUGGCGGAUGGCACCUUCGUGAAGGCGACGCAGCCCCUUCUGCUUUAUGGCACCAUGGUCUUUGUGCGCGUCAUGAUUGUGCGCGACGUGAUGUUCGGUCUCCUCCAGGCGGCGACCAUAGCAACGCGUUAUUCGGCUGUGCGGCGCCAGAGUCCAAUUGAACCACAUGCGGCGGAGCCACAAAUUCUGGAUCACCUGACGCAGCAGGAGAAGGUGCUGCCACAAGUGGCGCGUGGCGUUUGCUAUCGCCUGGCUGCCGAUGUCCUCUGGACAUUCUAUCAGCGCGUCACCUCACAGCUGGCCAGCAAGCAGACCGAAGCGGCAGCUGGACGUCAGCUGGCCGAGCUGCAUGCGCUGAGCUGCUCCCUGAAAGCGGUGUGCACUCUGGACGCUGCCGAGGGCAUCGAUGUGCUGCGCAAAUCGUGUGGCGGUCACGGUUACUUGGCGUCCGCCAACUUCGAUAGCAUCCAGGGACUGGCCAACGCCGCGGUCACCUACGAGGGCGAGUAUACGGUGCUGCUGCUGCAGACGGCUCGCUUUCUGCAGCGUCAAUAUGUCGAUGGGCUGAAGCGCAAAGUGUUGCCCGCCAGCGUGACUUAUUUGCGCAAUGCCACGCGCCUCAGCUGGAGCAACAGCAAUCUGCUGGAGAAUGUGGCGCGUGCUUUGGAGAUUAGCGCCACGGAACAGGUGCGCGAUGCCUGGCAAUGGCAACAGACGCAGCGUAAGCUUGGCCAACACACACAGGAGCAGGCCACGAAUCUAGCUGGACGUCGUUUGAUUUCCGCCGCAUCGUUGCAUGGUCAUGUCUAUUUGGUGCGCAACAGCAUCAAUCAGCUGAAGCAAUUGCAAGGAAGUCAACUCAAACCCGAGCUGCUCGAGGUGUUGCAGCAGCUGAUCGAGCUGUUUGUGCUCGACACUUGGCAGCGACAAUUGGGCGCUGUGCUCAAGUGGAACAACAUCAGUGGACGGCAGCUGCAACAGGUGGAGCGACGCUAUGAGCAGCUGCUGCAGCAACUGCGUCCCAAUGCCGUUGCCGUCGUGGAUGGCUUCGAUUUUCACGAUCGUGUUCUCGGCUCCACUUUGGGCUGCUACGAUGGUCGCGUCUACGAGCGCCUGAUGGAGCAUGCUCGGGGCAAUCCACUGAAUCAGGAAUCGGUUAAUCGCAGUUAUCACACACAUCUGCGUCCCCUGAUGCAGGCCAAGCUCUAA